AUGACUGUAGAUUCUCUCUCUCUAAAAUGACUGUAGAAAGAGACAGACAGCACAGAUCCCCACCCUACACACACUCCUCUCUGACACACACCUCCAUUUGCAGUCUGGUAAAUGUCAGUGACCAAGCAGUGUGUGUGUUUGUUUCUCCAGUGGUAAAUGUCAGUGACCAAGCAGUGUGUGUGUUUGUUUCUCCAGUGGUAAAUGUCAGUGACCAAGCAGUGUGUGUGUUUGUUUCUCCAGUGGUAAAUGUCAGUGACCAAGCAGUGUGUGUGUUUGUUUCUCCAGUGGUAAAUGUCAGUGACCAAGCAGUGUGUGUGUUUGUUUCUCCAGUGGUAAAUGUCAGUGACCAAGCAGUGUGUGUGUUUGUUUCUCCAGUGGUAAAUGUCAGUGACCAAGCAGUGUGUGUGUUUGUUUCUCCAGUGGUAAAUGUCAGUGACCAAGCAGUGUGUGUGUUUGUUUCUCCAGUGGUAAAUGUCAGUGACCAAGCAGUGUGUGUGUUUGUUUCUCCAGUGGUAAAUGUCAGUGACCAAGCAGUGUGUGUGUUUGUUUCUCCAGUGGUAAAUGUCAGUGACCAAGCAGUGUGUGUGUUUGUUUCUCCAGUGGUAAAUGUCAGUGACCAAGCAGUGUGUGUGUUUGUUUCUCCAGUGGUAAAUGUCAGUGACCAAGCAGUGUGUGUGUUUGUUUCUCCAGUGGUAAAUGUCAGUGACCAAGCAGUGUGUGUGUUUGUUUCUCCAGUGUUCCUUUGCUCCAUGGUUGGCUCAGAGGAUAGGUUAAACAAACAAACACACUGCAGCAGGGCUCUCUCACACACACACACACACACACACACACACACACACACACACACACACACACACACACACACACACACACACACACACACACACACACACACACACACACACACACAUAUAUAUAUAUAUAUAUAAAAAAGCUGGUUGAUGUACAAUUUAACCCCUGCUUCCUAGAAUCUGUGGGGUGGUUUGUAUCUGUGUAUAAAAUUGUAUGUAUAGGUCUAUACUGUGACAGUAUAGUUCUAUAUUGUGAUUGUAUAGUUCUAUAUUGUGAUUGUAUAGUUCUAUAUUGUGAUUGUAUAGUUCUAUACUGGGAUUGUAUAGUUCUAUACUGGGAUUGUAUAGUUCUAUACUGGGAUUGUAUAGUUCUAUACUGGGAUUGUAUAGUUCUAUACUGGGAUUGUAUAGUUCUAUAUUGUGAUUGUAUAGUUCUAUACUGGGAUUGUAUAGUUCUAUACUGGGAUUGUAUAGUUCUAUAUUGUGAUUGUAUAGUUCUAUACUGGGAUUGUAUAGUUCUAUAUUGUGAUUGUAUAGUUCUAUACUGCGAUUGUAUAGUUCUAUAUUGUGAUUGUGUAGUUCUAUACGGGGAUUGUAUAAUUCUAUAUUGUAAUUGUAUAGUUCCAUACUGUGUAAAAUUGAGGUUCAACAAAGCGAAGCAUAAUAAUAAUAGUUUAUUUCUUCUCUAGACACAAAUCUGUCUAGUUGUUGUUUUAACACUUCCACCAUUGUUGAAAUUUAACCGAGUGACUCUCACUCACCUUAAGUUAGUCCUCCUCGCUCCCAAUACCAUGGGGAGCCACAACAACCACUACAGCCCACUAACGGUACCGAGCCAGCUGCAACUGUACCGAGCCAGCUGCAACUGUACCGAGCCAGCUGCAACUGUACCGAGGCAGCUGCAACUGUACCGAGCCAGCUCCAACUGUACCGAGCCAGCUCCAACUGUGCCGAGCCAGCUGCAACUGUACCGAGCCAGCUGCAACUGUACCGAGCCAGCUGCAACUGUGCCGAGCCAGCUGCAACUGUACCGAGCCAGCUGCAACUGUGCCGAGCCAGCUGCAACUGUGCCGAGCCAGCUGCAACUGUACCGAGCCAGCUGCAACUGUGCCGAGCCAGCUGCAACUGUACCGAGCCAGCUGCAACUGUGCCGAGCCAGCUGCAACUAUACCGAGCCAGCUGCAACUGCGCCGAGCCAGCUGCAACUGUACCGAGCCAGCUGCAACUAUACCGAGCCAGCUGCAACUGUACCGAGCCAGCUGCAACUGUACCGAGCCAGCUGCAACUGUACCGAGCCAGCUGCAACUAUACCGAGCCAGCUGCAACUGCACCGAGCCAGCAGCAACUGUACCGAGCCAGCUGCAACGGUACCGAGCCAGCUGCAACAGCAGUUGGAAGAUUCCUGGGAUUAUGAAGGAAUAAGCAGACAAUCCAGGAAUCCUGACAAAACAUCGGACAUUUAAGCAGAAGCUUUUAUCUAAAGGACUUACGGCAGUGAUACGUCUUCAUACUGGUGGCAGGAAUCAAACCCAUGACCCUGGCAUUGCUGGCGUCACGCUCAACCAACCGAGCCACACAGGACAACCAACCGAGCCACACGGGACAACCAACCGAGCCACACAGGACAACCAACCGAGCCACACAGGACAACCAACCGAGCCAGACAGGACAACCAACCGAGCUACACAGGACAACCAACCGAGCCACACAGGACAACCAACCGAGCCACACAGGACAACCAACCGAGCCAGACAGGACAACCAACCGAGCUACACAGGACAACCAACCGAGCCACACGGGACAACCAACCGAGCCACACAGGACAACCAACCGAGCCAGACAGGACAACCAACCGAGCUACACAGGACAACCAACCGAGCCACACGGGACAACCAACCGAGCCACACAGGACAACCAACCGAGCCACACAGGACAACCAACCGAGCUACACAGGACAACCAGCCGAGCCACACAGGACAACCAACCGAGCCACACAGGACAACCAACCGAGCCACACAGGACAACCAACCGGGAAUUCUGGAACACCUGGCCCUUUGGUGAAAGUUACCAGAACGUAAUAAAUAGUCCACCUACAUGUUAACAGAAUAUGUUGUAGAUAUCUUGUUCCACACUACAUUGUCUUCCUCUAUGGAGUCUCUCUUUGGAUCGAUAUGUCAUUGUCUUCCUCUAUGGAGUCUCUCUUUGGAUCGAUAUGUCAUUGUCUUCCUCUAUGGAGUCUCUCUUUGGAUCGAUAUGUCAUUGUCUUCCUCUAUGGAGUCUCUCUUUGGAUCGAUAUGUCAUUGUCUUCCUCUAUGGAGUCUCUCUUUGGAUCGAUGUCAUUGUCUUCCUCUAUGGAGUCUCUCUUUGGAUCGAUAUGUCAUUGUCUUCCUCUAUGGAGUCUCUCUUUGGAUCGAUAUGUCAUUGUCUUCCUCUAUGGAGUCUCUCUUUGGAUCGAUAUGUCAUUGUCUUCCUCUAUGGAGUCUCUCUUUGGAUCGAUAUGUCAUUGUCUUCCUCUAUGGAGUCUCUCUUUGGAUCGAUAUGUCAUUGUCUUCCUCUAUGGAGUCUCUCUUUGGAUCGAUAUGUCAUUGUCUUCCUCUAUGGAGUCUCUCUUUGGAUCGAUAUGUCAUUGUCUUCCUCUAUGGAGUCUCUCUUUGGAUCGAUAUGUCAUUGUCUUCCUCUAUGGAGUCUCUCUUUGGAUCGAUAUGUCAUUGUCUUCCUCUAUGGAGUCUCUCUUUGGAUCGAUAUGUCAUUGUCUUCCUCUAUGGAGUCUCUCUUUGGAUCGAUAUGUCAUUGUAAUUGUUUUGUGUACAGUAAUAGUAUAUCAUACACAUCUACCAGAACUAUCAGGACCAAACCUGUUGGCUGAACUCUGUUUAAUCUGAUUCAUGUUCAGGGCUUCAACAAUCUGUCAACAGUUGUCAACUGAACCUAGAGGCCAUAGGAGGCUGGUGGCGCCUUAAUUGGGGACGCCGCGCUCGUGGUUUCCAUGUGUUUGAUACCAUUCCAUUUGCGCCGUUCCAGCCGUUAUUAUGAGCCGUCCUCCCCUCAACAGCCUCCACUGGUGUAGGCAUGGAUACAACACACACGGGCACAGUUCGAUACAGUACCCACGCCCUGUAGGAAUUGGCAAGGAGCUGUGCAUCAUUCACACACAGAUCCAGUUUAAAUCAAAGGUCUCUACUGCCGUGUUGCUACGGGAAUGUUGUUAUGUUGAAUGUGUGUUGUACACGAUUUGAUACAAAGUGGAUCCCGUGUAUGUUUUUAUAAUUAAAUAGGAACUGGAAAGCCUGACAGAUUCAAAGCCUUAUAUGAUUAUAGUGUAUCAAUGUAAUCACUGACCUGUCGGCUAGUUCCACUGUCUCUCCCUGUCCUUGGAAAAGAUACUGAGUACAAUGUAACAGUUCUCAGUUGUAAUAUUACUGUUCUGGUGUUAUUUCCCAUGGGAAUGUGGUUCAAUGAUGUGAACAUCGCUGUGAGUGUGUGUGUGUCUGUGUGUGUCUGUGCGUGUGCGUGUGUGUGUGUGUGUCUGUGCGUGUGUGUGUGCGCGCGCGUGUGUGCGUGUGUGUCUGUGCGUGUGUGUGUGUGUGUGUGUGUGCGUGCGUCUGUGAGUGUGUGUGUGUGUGCGUGUGUCUGUGUGCGUGCGUGUGUCUGUGUGCGUGCGUGUGUCUGUGUGCGUGCGUGUGUCUGUGUGCGUGCGUGCGUAGAAACAUACAGUGAAUGACAACAACAAGGAUGUUAAUAGAUUCCAUUGAAAUGACUUGGAUUCACAGAACUCUAGCCCUCCUAACAAUAUACAGUGUUGUGGACAACAACAUGUACCCAUCAACGCUAUUAUAGGAACAUGAAACUGAAACUAAAAACGAAAACUAAUAAGAAACCAAUUAUUUUUGGAAAUAGUUGAAAAAACGAAUAGAAAUCAAAUCAAAUAUAAAACCCCCAAACUAUCAUAACCUUGCUACCCGUUCACUGUAGAGAGAGAGAGAAUACAUGUGGAUAAUGUAAAUGUGAUGUAUGAGGGAAGAAAACCAUUAUAAACCAGAGGACACAUUCUCAGAACCAAAUCCUACGUACGCUAUUGGUCUUCGUACAUAUCCUUGUUUUAAUUCACUCCUGGUCUGCAUCCCAAAUGGCACCCUGUUCCAUAUAUGAUGCACUGCUUUCAGUCCCACUGGCCCCGUUUUAAAAGGAGUGCACUAAAUCGGUUAUAGGGUGCCAUAUGGGACUCAGUCCUACCUGUUCCAACACACUCUCUACAAAUGGUUUCUCUGUUUCGACUUGUUUUAUAAUGAUAUCAUAAUGCCACUGGUUUAUAAUGAUAUCAUAAUGCCACUGGUUUAUAAUGAUAUCAUAAUGCCACUGGUUUAUAAUGAUAUCAUAAUGCCACUGGUUUAUAAUGAUAUCAUAAUGCCACUGGUUUAUAAUGAUAUCAUAAUGCCACUGGUUUAUAAUGAUAUCAUAAUGCCACUGGUUUAUAAUGAUAUCAUAAUGCCACUGGUUUAUAAUGAUAUCAUAAUGCCACUGGUGGAAUGUACAUACAUAUGCAUACAUUACCUUGACUUAAUGUUCAUUUUGUGGUAAAUAAAGUGCUGGAUGAUGAUGAUGA